AUGGCAAAGGAUAAAAAGGCCAAGAAGGCUGAACAAAAAGCGCGAGUUGCUGCGAAGCAGUCCAAAAAGGCGUCACAGAAGGAGAAGAAAGCUAAAGCCAAGGGCUUAAAUGAUGACAGCGAUGCAGAAGAUGUUGAUCUUGAUGCUGUCCUUGCUGCAUAUGCUGAAGAGCAAGCCAAAUUCUUGAAAGUCACUGAGGUUGCGAGCGGCACGCCAACCCCGCGCUCUUCAUCAACCAUUCUUGCCUCGCCCUCGAAUAGGGGUGAGAUUUUUUUGUUUGGUGGGGAGUACUUCGAUGGGUCUCUCGCAACGUUUUACAACAAUUUAUAUGUAUACCUAAUUGAGAAGAACGAAUGGAGGAAUUAUAUAAUUCUCUUUGGCGGCUUUCAAGAUACGUCUCAGCAGACAAAAUACCUACAGGACGUCUGGCUUUAUGACUGCCAGAAGUUCACCUGGUAUAAUCCUGCUCUACCACCAGCAACUCAAAAGCCUGAUCCUCGAUCGUCGUUCUCCUUUCUUCCCCAUGAAUCGGGGGCUGUUCUUUUUGGAGGCUACUCGCGUGUAAAAGCCGCGACCCAAGUUAAUAAGAGGCAAAAAGGCGGAAGUGGAGCUCAGCGCACAGUCCUUAAGCCGGUUAUCCAUCAGGAUUCCUGGUUCCUACGUAUAACUCCACCUGCAGCAGAUGCUCCAUCAACUACCGCCCCUACCGUUCGAUGGGAAAAGAGAAAACGGCCUGUUAAUGCCCCAAACCCCCCGCGAGCUGGAGUAACCAUGGCCUUCCAUAAAGGUCGAGGAAUUCUAUUUGGUGGUGUUCAUGAUGUCGAAGCUACGGAAGAAGGUAUAGAGAGCGAAUUCUUUGAUAAUCUCUUCGCCUGGAACAUUGAGCGAAACCGUUUUUUUCCGCUUCCACUCCGAGCCCCGAAGUCAGCAGGCAAAAAACAGGCCGCUGAAAGGGCUAUGAAAUCACGAAAUAAAGGAAAGGCAGAUGAAGAAGAAUUGCUCCGCAAUCUAGCUCUUUUGGAAUCGAAAUUUAACCCAUCAAAGGUUGAAACUGAACUGCCGGUUGGUGCCGAUAACCAGGGCGAGGAUGAGCCAGAGUCAGGUGGCAAGAAAUCGUUAACAGUUCGGUUUGAGAUGCCUCAUCGCCGCUUUAAUACACAGCUUACAGUCCAAGACGAUACGUUGUUUAUGUUCGGCGGUACGUUUGAGAGAGGGGAUCAAGAGUUUACGCUUUGUGAUAUGUAUUCCAUCGACCUGCUCAAGAUGGAUGGGGCAAGGGAAAUAUUCUACGAGGAGCCUGAGCAUUGGAAUGAUGCAGUUGCCCCUGAUAGCGACGAAGAGGAUGAAGAGGAUGAAGAGGAUGAGGACGAUGAGGACGAGGAUGAAGACAUGGAUGAUGCGUCAUCCAUGGCAGCCCCCUCCACGGCUCCGACUGAAGCUACAGAGCCUGUCCUGAUGGAGGCUGAUGCGGAGGCGGAGAAAGAGGAAGAACAAGAGCCAGCCAUGCCUGACUCCCGACCCCAUCCAAGACCGUUUGAAAGUUUACGUGAAUUCUAUAGUAGAAGUUCUACCGAGUGGCAGGAUAUUGUACUUGCGAACCUAAGGCAACGGGAUAGCGGCGCGGAAAUGUUAGUUAAAGAGCUCCGGAAAGUAGCGUUUGAUUUUGCGGAAGAGAAAUGGUGGGAUUGUCGUGAAGAGAUCACGGCACUGGAAGACGAGCAAGCUGAAGCUGGUAUAGGGGAAGUUGUCAGUAUCGCUAGUAGAGGAGGUGACUCUGGACUAAGGCGGCGAUGA